CCUUUUUCCUUUUCCUGUUUUGUUUUUUAAUAAAAGAGAGAAACUUCCCUCCUUUCCAUGUGAAGAGGGACAAUAAUAAAUUCUUAUGUAUAAAAAAGCUAAAUAAAAUUAAAAUAAAAGCAAAGCUUCUCUCUUUUUUGGUGGCUGAAGUAAUGUAGAGAAGGAAAAGAAACAUGGCUGCUACAGAGAGAAGCAGGGUAAUGCAAACUCUAUGUUAACAAAAGGAUUCAUGGUCUCUUUCUCUCCGACUUCUCACUGUAUCUUCUGCAUGCUUUCUUAGCUACAAACAUCUCUUGACAAUUAUCAUUGCAGUUCAGAUAUGGGAACAUUGGCACUUGAUACUGAGAAUGUGGACUUGGAUGUAUACCUAACUUUGGGGCUUAAGGCAUUGGGAAAAAGAAUUUUGGGAACUCCACGGGCUUUAACCCUUCUUUCUUCACUUCUUGAGAGAUCUGUCCAGAAAAAUGAGAUGCUACUGGAGACAACACAGAUCAAUGACUCUAGGACAGAAUUCCAUGGUUCUAGGGCGCCCACUGUGAGCAUCCGGCAGUACAUAGAUCGCAUCUUCAAGUACUCUGGCUGCAGUCCAUCCUGCUUCAUUGUGGCACACAUUUAUGUGGAUAGAUUUAUACAGAACACAGACAUUCAUUUAACCUCUCUUAAUGUCCAUCGGCUCCUAAUAACAAGUGUAAUGGUUGCUGCAAAGUUCAUUGAUGAUGCGUUCUUCAACAAUGCCUACUAUGCAAAAGUGGGAGGAGUAAGUACAGAAGAGUUGAACAAGUUGGAGAUGAAGUUUUUGUUUAGUAUAGAUUUCAGACUUCAAGUAAGUGUCAACACAUUUGGAAGAUACUGUUCUCAGUUGGAAAAGGAAGCUGCCGAAGGGCAUCAGAUUGAACGACCAAUCCAAGUUUGCAGAAUUAAAGAAAGUUGGUCUAAUAAAGAUGAUUCGACCCCUUGUGCUCCCACGAUUGCAAGAUGAAGAUUCCAAAUGAUCAAAUUGUAUCAUUGUAAUCUUACAUUCAUUUGAAUAUAGUCGAGUUAGAAGUUCUGGAUAUUGAGUUUAGAUGUCAGUCAUAUCAGUUUGAAUGUUGGACAGACGGCUUGCACACAUUCAUUUAUGAGUGCAAUUGGUUAGUACAUGUCUCAUUUUUUCUAGAUUUGGUCCCACAAUUUCCUUCGCAGGACCUUAUCUCCUGUGGAUUUGCCCUUCAGGAUCUGUGUUUUUCCUUCAUGAGAAAGUUUGUAAGUAUGGAUUAAACAACUUUACGGUUAUAGAAUUGGUCUCUGUAGCACGCAUCUCUAUUAUUGCCAUGGCAAGAUUGUGAUGGCAAGAGGAUGCGACUUCAUAUAA